AUGAGAGCAGUUGAAUAUGCAGUGGAAGAUGGACUUGUCUAUUCUUUCUGUUAUUUAGCGCUUAACUCGAAACUCCAGUCGGACAGCAUGAGCGUGAGGAACAUCUUUGGAAUGCAGGAGAGUCAGCUGCAAAGCUACGCUCACCCUAUGUUCCGAUUACGUGGCGUGUCGCCAGGGUGCCGUCGCUGUGGCGCGCCUUCGGAGACACCGCAGCACGUAGUUGCGGGAUGUAUCCAAUAUCGCGCUACACUCAUGCUUGAGAGGCACAACCAGGUAGCUAGAAAUUUCUUCUAUUGGGCCUGUCGUAAGUUUGAAGCAACACACGUCCAUCAUACGCAGGAAGUCCCGGUCGAGUCAAUCGGCUUGGAUGGAACGGUGAUAUGGUGGGAUCGCUACGUUGCAACACCUGUCAAACUACGCCAUUAUCGACCAGACAUGAUCAUCUACCGAAAAUGGACAAGAGAAAUCUUCGUCAUUGAAGUAGGUGUUUCAUGGUUCACCAGGUUAGACGAUCAGUAUUCAAUGAAGUAUCAAAAGUAUGCAGUUAACUCGACGCUAUUAGAUACGGACUCGUUGCCGUAUCCACCGGGGCCUUCAUUGGCUCUGGAACUGCAGAAAAUGUAUGGGUGUGUAGUACGAGUCUUACCAUUCGUAAUUGGUUGUGGUGGUGAAGUAACGGAGAAAUACCGUGAAACACUUAACCUUCUCCCCGGAGUAACAACCAAAGAGGUAGAAGACCUACUCGUACGAACGCAACGUAGCGCCAUACUGAGUACUGAUCGGAUAAUAAAAGCACAUCUCUCGUAG